AAUAAUGUUUCCAACAUGUCUGUGCAGUCACUGCUUUGUGAAAGAAUUGCUGUUGCCAAAGACUUGAUUAAGAGAGCAGAAGCCCUUUCCAAGUCCCAGAAAAGAAGAAUUGAAGGAGGGGCAAAGCUAUGUGGCAAGCUGAAGGCUGAGCUAAAUUUCUUACACAAGGUAGAGGCAGGGAAAGUGGCCAUAAAAGAAUCCCAUCUGCAGAGUUCAAACCUUACCCACCUCCAAGCCAUUAUUCAGUCAGCAGAGAACCUGGAGGAUGUUGUCAGUGUCCUCCAUGUCUUUGCUUACGAGGACAGGUUUGGAGACAAACAGACGCUGGUGGUGGAUGUCGUCGCAAACGGAGGUCACACAUGGGUGAAGGCCAUUGGUCGUAAAGCUGAGGCCCUGCAUAACAUCUGGCUGGGAAGAGGCCAGUAUGGUGACAAAAGUGUCAUUGAGCAGGCAGAGGACUUCCUGCAAGCAAGCCGUCAGCAGCCAGUGGAGUACAGCAAUCCCCAUAUCAUCUUUGCAUUCUACAACAGCGUGUCCAGUCCUAUGGCAGAGAAGCUCAAGGAGAUGGGAAUAUCUGUGAGAGGAGACGUUGUUGCUGUGAACUCACUGGUAGAACCAUCUGCAGAAAAUGAGCAUCUUAACUCCAGUGAAUCAGAUGAAGAAGGCCCUGAACUCCUGCAGGUGUCGAGAGUAGACCGGGAGAAUUUAGUGGCCAGCAUUGCUUUCCCUACCCAGGUCAAAGUAAACGUCUGCAAUAGAGUUAAUUUGGACAUCACUACCUUAAUAACCUAUGUCUCUGCGCUGAGCUAUGGUGGCUGCUACUUUGUCUUCAAAGAAAAAGUGCUGACAGAGCAAGCAGCGCAAGAAAGAAGGGAGAGAGUCCUUCCUCAGCUGAAGGAGUUCAUGGAGGGAAAAGAGCUUUUUGCCUGUGAAUCUGCUGUCAGAGAUUUUCAGUCCAUCUUGGAAACUCUGGGAGGACCUGGGGAGAAAGAGAGAGCUGCAUUGCUUGUUGGAAGAAUUAAUGUUGUGCCAGAUCAGCCCUCUGACCGUGCCUUAGGACUAGUGGCUAGUUCAAAAAUCAACAGCCGCUCUCUAGCCAUUUUUGGGACAGGAGACACUUUAAAAGCCAUCACCAUGACUGCAAAUAGUGGGUUUGUGAGGGCAGCAGCAAACCAAGGUGUCAGGUUCAGUGUUUUUGUCCAUCAGCCACGAGCAUUGACAGAAAGCAAAGAAUCUUUUGCCACACCUCUACCAAAGCGGUACCCAUCUGAUAAUGAAGUGUAA